AUGUCCUACACUCCGUCUACCGGUCCAAGAACUCUUUACGAUAAGGUCUUUGACGCUCACGUCGUUCACAAGAACGAAGCUGGCUCAUAUCUAUUGUACAUUGACAGACAUAUUAUCCAUGAAGUUACCUCCCCACAAGCUUUUGAAGGAUUAACUAAUGCAGGUAGAAAAGUCAGAAGAACUGAUUGCACUUUAGCUACUGUUGACCAUAAUAUCCCUACAGAAUCAAGAAAGAACUUUAAGUCCGUUGACUCCUUUAUUAAGCAAGCUGAUUCUCGUCUACAAGUCAAGACCCUUGAAGAAAAUGUCAAAGACUUUAGCGUUCCUUACUUAGGUAUGCAAGAAGAUAGACAAGGUAUCGUCCAUAUUAUUGGCCCAGAACAAGGUUUCACUUUACCAGGUACUACGGUUGUCUGUGGUGACUCCCAUACUUCCACCCAUGGUGCCUUCGGUUGUCUAGCCUUCGGUAUCGGUACUUCCGAAGUUGAACAUGUUCUAGCCACUCAGACUUUGAUCCAAGCAAAGAGUAAGAAUAUGAGAAUUAAGGUCACUGGUAAAUUAAAUGAGGGUGUUACCUCUAAGGAUUUGGUCCUACAUAUCAUCGGUUUGAUUGGUACCGCUGGUGGUACUGGUUGUGUCAUUGAAUUUGCCGGUGAAGCUAUUGAAAAUCUAUCUAUGGAAGCAAGAAUGUCCAUGUGUAAUAUGUCUAUCGAAGCUGGUGCUCGUGCUGGUAUGAUUGCUCCAGAUAACAUUACUUUCGAAUACUUGAAAGGUAGACCAUUAGUUCCAACUGGUUCUGAAUGGGAAAAAGGUGUCACUUUUUGGAAAUCUCUAUAUUCUGAUGCUGAUGCAAAGUUUGACCAUGAAAUUGUCAUAGAUGGUACCGAAAUUGCUCCAACUGUUACUUGGGGUACUUCUCCACAAGAUGCUCUACCAAUCUCUGCUAGUGUUCCAGAUCCAUCUAAGGUUAACGACCCAAUUAAGAAAUCUGGUAUGGUAAGAGCCCUAGAUUACAUGGGUUUGGAAGCAAAUACUAGAUUAACUGAUAUUCAGGUUGAUAAGGUCUUCAUUGGUUCUUGUACUAAUGCUCGUAUUGAAGAUUUGAGAAGUGCUGCUGCCAUUGUUAGAGGCUAUAAGAAAGCUGCUAACAUUAUGAGAGCUAUGAUAGUUCCAGGUUCUGGUCUAGUUAAGAGACAAGCUGAAGAAGAAGGUCUGGACAAGAUUUUCUUGGAUGCGGGAUUUGAAUGGAGAGAAGCUGGUUGUUCAAUGUGUCUAGGUAUGAACCCAGAUAUAUUGUCUCCAAAGGAACGUUGUGCAUCUACAUCUAACAGAAAUUUUGAAGGCCGUCAAGGUUACCAGGGUCGUACUCACUUGAUGUCUCCAGCUAUGGCUGCUGCUGCUGCUAUUACCGGUCGUAUCACCGAUAUCAGAACCUUUAAGAUCAACAAGCCAGAAGCUGCUAAGGUUGAAAUCUCUUCCGAUGAAGAUGAAGAAUUGAAAAAUGCCGCAUAUGAGCAUGAUGAACCAGUUCAACCAACUGAAGCUACUGAAGAUAUUGCUGAUGACGAAGUUGAUGACAUUCCAUCUCCAGUCAAGGCUACCGCUACCGCUACCGCUGGUAGCAUGAACCCAUUUACUACUCUAACCGGUAUCGCUGCUCCACUUGACAAAGCCAAUGUUGAUACUGAUGCUAUUAUUCCUAAACAAUUCUUAAAAACUAUUAAGAGAACUGGUCUAAGUGUUGGUCUAUUUUACGAAUGGAGAUUCCAAAAGGAUGCCAAUGGAAAAGAUCAAGAGACUGAUUUCGUCCUAAAUGUUGAACCAUACAGAAAUGCUGAAGUCUUAGUUGUCACUGGUGAUAAUUUUGGUUGUGGUUCCUCAAGAGAACACGCCCCAUGGGCUCUAAAGGAUUUUGGUAUUAAAUGUAUGAUUGCUCCAUCCUUUGGUGAUAUUUUCUACAACAAUUCUUUCAAGAAUGGUCUGCUACCAAUUAGAGUCGAUUCUAAGACUAUCAAUGAGAAAUUAAUUCCAAUUGCCAGAAACGGUGGUCAACUAAAGAUCGAUCUACCAAACCAAAAUAUUUCUGAUGACAAAGGUAACGUUUUAGUUCCUCACUUUGAAGUUGAAGAGUUCAGAAAGUAUUGCCUAGUUAACGGUUUCGACGAUAUCAGUCUAACCCUACAACUUGAAGAUUAUAUUACUAAGUAUGAAAAAAUUAGAAAGGAUAAAUACUCCUUCUGGGAAGGUGGUUCUUCAUUGACCAAGUUUCCAAUGGACAUUAAGGAACAAAAAUUCACAAAACCAUUAACUACCUACGACAUCGUUCACCAAGACUGGUAA